CCCCCCUUUCUCUUCCAAAAUUAAAUUCUUCACCAUUCACAUUUCACAUUCUUUGUUCACACUCCCAAACUUCGCCACCUUUUAAUCCUUUCUUUCACAUGGAAAUUGGGUCAGCACCUCCAAUUCUUACCCUCGAAGAUUACUCUUACUUGUUCCCCGAUAUGGACUCUAAUUUUCUCUCUCUCAACAAAAAACCUACUUCGCAACAGCGUCGCAAUUUCAAGGUCAAUUCAACGAAUUCAAGCUUGAAGUUGAAGGAUUGGAAAAUGAUUAUUCUGGUUCGCCGACGAAGAAGCCUCGGCGAUCUGCGAAUUCUCCGGAUAAUAAUAAUCAGGUGCAGGCGAGUGCAGGGUCGAGUUCCAUGGUGCCGCAGCGGAGGCUAUGGGUUAAGGACCGGUCCAAGGACUGGUGGGAGCGAUGCAGCCACCCGGAUUUUCCAGAAGAAGAGUUCCGAAGAUCGUUCCGUAUGAGCAAAGGAACGUUCGAGAUGAUUUGCAGAGAGUUAGAUUCGGCGGUUACGAAGAAGAACACCAUGCUUCGUGACGCGAUUCCCGUUCGCCAGCGCGUCGCCGUCUGCAUUUGGCGACUCGCCACCGGUGACCCGCUCCGACUGGUGUCGAAGCGGUUCGGACUCGGGAUAUCCACGUGUCAUAAGCUUGUUCUUGAGGUUUGUUCUGCCAUUAAAACGGUUCUCAUGCCUAAGUUCCUUCAUUGGCCUGAUGAGUCUGUUAUGAAGAAGAACAAGGAAGAAUUCGAAUCGGUUUUUGGGAUCCCUGAUGUUGGUGGAUCAAUGUACACUACACAUGUUCCAAUCAUUGCUCCGAAGACUAAUGUAGCUGCUUACUUCAACAAGCGCCAUACGGAGAGGAACCAGAAGACUUCUUAUUCCAUAACCGUCCAAGGAGUGGUUGAUCCAAGAGGAGUCUUCACUGAUGUGUGUAUUGGUUGGCCUGGUUCAAUGCCUGAUGAUCAAGUUCUUGAAAAAUCUGCAUUGUUUCAGAGAGCUAGCAAGGGAAGCUUGAAGGAUGUUUGGGUUGUUGGAAACUCUGGACACCCUCUCAUGGAUUGGAUCUUGGUACCUUACACUCACCAGAACCUAACCUGGACUCAGCAUGCUUUCAAUGAGAAGAUUGGAGACAUACAAAAGGUAGCUAAGGGUGCAUUCUCCAGGCUUAAGGGUAGGUGGUCUUGUCUUCAGAAGAGGACUGAAGUGAAGCUUCAGGAUUUACCUGUUGUUCUUGGUGCUUGUUGUGUUCUUCACAAUAUAUGUGAGAUGAGGAAUGAGGAGAUGGAUCCUGAUUGGAGUUUUGAUCUCUUUGAUGAUGAGAUGGUGGCAGAGAAUGGUGUUAGGUCUGCUGCUUCAGUGCAGGCUAGGGAUCAGAUUGCUCACUAUCUGUUACACCAUGGCAGGGCAGGCACCACUUUCUUGUAGAAGCUUUCUUUGUUUAUCAUCAUUUCUAGUUGUUUUCUCUAGAUUAUUGCUGAUUCUUUUGGCUAUGUUUUGUUAUAGUCACAUUUGGGAAUAAAUAAAAAAAGGUUAUAAUAUUGUAAUGUUGUAGCACUAUGUAUAGGCCCAACCAAUAUAUAAAAAGAAAAAGAAAAGUUUGGAUACUGAAUUUGAUUGUUCCUUCUU